AAUCUGCCAGAGUACAGCACUGCUCGCUUCCUUGAGAGGAGAGAGGCAGAGAACCACAAGCCUUCUCCUCCUCCUCCAUCCGUGUGAGGCUGGUACACACGUUGGCUGGUGGACACAGCAGCAGUGUAAGCAUUAGCAGGGGAUCAGUGUUCGAGCUUCCAAAAUGCUCAACAACCUCACCGAAUGCGAAGAGGGUGAUGGGGGACCCAACAGUCAGGGAGAUGCAACAUCCAAGGAGAGCAGCCCCUUUAUCAACAGCAGCACCAGUGACGUAGAGAAAAGCCAGCAGUAUGAUGGGAAAAACAUGGCACUGUUUGAGGAGGAGAUGGACACCAGUCCCAUGGUAUCUUCUCUGCUGAGCAGCCUAGCCAACUACUCCAACCUGACGCAGGGCAGUAAAGAACAUGAGGAGGCAGAAAACAAUGAGGAGGCGCGCAAGAAAACCGUGCAGGCUCCACGUAUGGGCACCGUCAUGGGCGUUUACCUGCCAUGUAUGCAGAACAUCCUGGGGGUGAUCCUGUUCCUCAGGAUGACCUGGUUGGUGGGUGUUGGAGGCGUCCUGGGAACCUUCAUCAUCGUCUUCAUGUGUUGCUCCACGACUAUGCUGACUGCUAUCUCAAUGAGUGCUAUUGCCACCAAUGGAGUUGUGCCAGCUGGAGGUUCAUACUACAUGAUCUCUCGUUCACUGGGGCCGGAGUUUGGUGGGGCUGUUGGUAUAUGUUUCUAUCUGGGCACCACUUUUGCAGGAGCCAUGUACAUCCUGGGCUGCAUCGAAAUCCUGCUGGUACAUUUUCAUAGCUUUUUGCUUUAUUUGAAUUUCUUUAAACUAAUAAUAUACCUGAACGCCACCUGCGAUGAGUACUUCACCAACAACAACGUCAGUCAGAUCCAGGGAAUCCCUGGAAUCACCAGUGGCAUCCUGGCAGAAAACCUCUUCACCACCUUUAUGGAGAAAAAUUCAAUCUUAGAGAAGCGAGGUAUACCAGCAGUGCUCGACCCUGAAGCCACAGCAACCAACACUAACCGAUACGUCCUGGCUGAUAUCACCAGCUUCUUCACCCUGCUGGUUGGCAUCUACUUCCCCUCCGUCACAGGUAUCAUGGCUGGUUCCAACCGUUCUGGUGACCUGCAGGACGCUCAGAAAUCCAUCCCUGUUGGUACCAUCCUGGCCAUCACAACCACCUCCAUCAUCUACAUGUCUAGUGUGUUUCUGUUUGGAGCCUGUGUGGACGGAGUCGUUUUGAGGGACAAAUUUGGUGAAGGUGUCAAUGGUAACUUGGUUAUUGGCACCCUGGCAUGGCCCUCGCCCUGGGUCAUUGUUUUUGGCUCCUUCUUCUCCACCUGUGGGGCAGGGCUUCAGAGUUUGACAGGAGCACCCCGCCUCCUUCAGGCUAUCGCCCGAGACGGCAUCAUUCCUUUCCUCAGGGUGUUUGGUCAUGGCAAAGCUAACGGUGAACCUACAUGGGCUCUCCUCCUGACGGCCUGCAUCUGUGAGAUUGGCAUUCUCAUCGCCUCCCUGGAUGCAGUCGCUCCCAUUCUGUCCAUGUUCUUCCUCAUGUGCUACAUGUUUGUAAAUCUGGCCUGUGCGCUGCAGACGCUCCUCAGGACCCCGAACUGGAGGCCACGCUUUAAGUUCUACCACUGGGCUUUGUCACUCUUGGGCAUGAGCUUGUGUCUUACCCUGAUGUUCCUCUGCUCUUGGUACUACGCCAUUGUUGCCAUGGUAAUCGCCAGCUGCAUCUACAAAUACAUCGAAUUCUGCGGGGCAGAGAAGGAGUGGGGUGAUGGGAUUCGUGGUAUUUCUCUGAGUGCCGCCCGCUAUGCUCUGAUGAGGCUGGAGGAAGGUCCUCCUCACACUAAAAACUGGAGGCCCCAGAUUCUGGUGCUUAUGAGUUUGGAUGGGGAGCAGAGCGUAGAGCAGCCUCGACUGCUGUCUCUGACCAGUCAACUGAAAGCGGGCAAAGGCUUGACCAUCGUGGGAGCGUGUGUGGAGGGCACCUACUUAAACAACCAGCCACAGGCACAGAAAGCAGACCAAUCCCUAAGGAAGCUGAUGGAGGUCGAGAAGGUGAAGGGAUUCAGUCAGGUAGUGAUCUCUUCUAACCUGCGGGACGCCACCUCACACCUGAUCCAGGCUGGAGGACUAGGUGGCCUCCGUCACAACACGGUUCUGGUCAGCUUCCCUAAGAACUGGAAACAGGCUGAGGAGCACCACCGCUGUAGGAACUUCAUUGAGGUUGUUAGGGAGACCACUGCAGCUCACCUGGCCCUGCUGGUGCCGAAGAACAUCUCUGCAUAUCCAUCAAACGGAGAGCGUUUCACUGAGGGCCACAUCGACGUGUGGUGGAUUGUCCAUGACGGAGGCUUGCUCAUGCUCCUUCCCUUCCUCCUGCGCCAGCACAAGGUACUGCUGGCAGAGUGA